CUCUCCCUUUGCUCCAGCAUUGGGUUCUCCUCAGCUCAGGAUGGCGUCGUUGAAGCUCAUAGUUUGCUGCGUUGCCCUCGUGCUUGCCGCCGUGGUGGACGCUCACCCGAAGUGCAAAAAGUCAUGCAAGCCGAAACCUCGUCCUUGCCACAACAAAUGCCCGGACCGGUGGGUCGGCGGUUUCUUCCUUGAACUCGACUGCACCUUAAGCUGUGACAUGGACUGGAUCGACUACCAAAUCGACUUGAUCGGCUGCAAGCGUGACUGCUCCGAGUACCAGGUCAUCAUCGAUCUGUACGGGCAAAUUGGGCAAGCUAGAGACUGCUUCGACAAGUUCUACGACAACGUCUACGAGGAGACCUGCGGACUCAUCACCGACUACCGCGGCAAGUACAAUCUUAUGACUAUCCAAUACACCGAGCGCAUCGUUUCUUGCCGUAAGAAUCUCCGCCAGCGCAUUUUCAAAGAACUGUGCCAGCUGCGCAAAUACUACUUCCAACUUCUCCGCCUUUUGGACGAAUUCUGCGGCAAGUACAACAUCAACCGUAAGGCGCGCUGUCUCGUCGUUCCUCGUGGAGUUGAAUACUCUUUCGGUGUCACCUGGCCCAGCACCGUUCGCUGCAAGGAGCUCAUUAACAUCUACGACAACUGCUUCAACGACUACAAAUACCUCACUGAUAUCAUCGCAAAGCUCAACUUCCCGGACAACUCCCCACUGUGUGGCCGCAGGCAGCAGCUUCUCGAUAAUUUAAUCGCUAUCUGGAUUGAGUUCGACAAUCGCCGCCGUUGUUUGGAUAUUGAUUACUUCCCACGCCUUGCUGACUGCUGGGACCGAGAGGAUCAGAUCGACCUCAUCGCCAUUGAGCUCAUGGCUAAACUGCGCCCAUUCCAGGUGAACUUCGCCAUAGGCUUCUAUGACAUCUACGACCAACUCCAGGAUCUUUGCAACGAGGGCAAAUUCGAAUUAAUCGAAAUUGUUGACUGGAACAACUAUAAGCCGCAGCUUAGCCGUGGUUGCCUCUUGCCCUCUCCUUAUCUUCGCAAAUACUUUGAUAACAUCUUGGUCACCUGCAACAUGGACUACAACACCGCCAUCAGACUGUGGAAUGAUUUGGACUGCAAGCCUGGCUGUGAUUUGUGGAAACGCAAAGAGCGAUGCAUUAAGAACUUGAAAAAGAAGUUGUGUAAACUCAUCCGUCGCAUCAACAAGCUCAUCAGGGACAUCAUCCGCAAGAUCAACAGCGACUACCUGAACUGUCUGGACGACUUCGACAACGUUCAGCGCGCAUACAUCGACGAAGUGAUCCUAAAUUGCAACAACGACCUGUGGCCACUCUUGAUCGACUUCCGCGCGGAUUACUACGACAACGACGACGUCAUCUACAGUGCCCUCACCGAGAAAGGAAUCGCCGAAUUCUUCACCCGCAACAUCAUCCCGAGCUCGGUCGUGGGCUACGAUACCUCCCUUUACUGCAUCGAUGAGAGACUCCGCAAUUGUGUCAGCCAGUUCGAUCUCUGUGUCAAGAAGAACUUCUACGUUCCGGUUGCCGAUCUUAUCCAGAUCAAAUUCGACACUGGAUGCAAAGAAUACAAGCUUCGUUGCAAGUGCCUGAAGGACCUGGAAUGCAUCUGGCUCGAAUACCGCAAGCUUGUCAACAAGCUCCUACGCAGAAUUACCGACCUGAUCUGCAAGCGCAAGAUCAAGAUUGGCUGCGACGAGUACAACCGCGAAAUCCAGUGUAUCAUCGACUGGCUCAACCCGUGCUUCGACGAUCUCAUCAACCGUUUCAGAAGUGUCUGCUUCGACAUCAACGGAAUCCUCGACAACCUGUACUCCCGCAACAAGAACCAAGGCUGCAGCCGCCGUUACAAGUUCAUCGAGGCCGACUUCAAGCUCCAGAUCUCCGCCUCCGCCAGCGUCAAAGUCUGUUAAACUGUCCCCCACUCUUAGCCACGAGUGCUCACAAUAAUAAAGAGAGUACAACGUA